GUCACUUUGAUUCUCGAAAAAUGCUGAACAUCUAGAUGGAAACGCGUUGUGAAAAGUGAUCUACUAAAGUGAUUGAACAAAGUGAUUAAAAAACGUUUGAAACAGUGAAAAUAUAGUUAAUGGUAAAACGUGAAUGUUUUUGUGAAAAUAGGAUUCAAUUGAAAUGGGCGAAGUCGAUACUGCAACUGUAACAUCCGAUACAACUAUGUCAACAAACGACAAUAUGACAACAUCGACCACCAACGAAGAAGCAAUCUGCGAUGGUCCAUCAGCGCCGAAAAUGCCAAAACUCAAAUCAGAUGUUGCAGACCAUAAAAUGAAGGUGCUGUACUAUCGAUGACCGAUUGAAUUAAAAUGCGAUCAACGUUACACGAAGUCAAUUGUGUCUGUUUAAAGCGGAAAGAGAUUGGAAGCCAAAAAUCCCAUUCAUCUCAGCUCCCGUCACCGAUCUACGUCAAUCCGGAGAAGUGAAAUUCGGUCCUGGAGCGCGUUCUGCAUUGCUCGGACUAUUGGGCGGUACGUUGCCACGGCUAUCAAGCGAACAACAAGACACGGUAACAAAGGCCAAGAAAUAUGCGAUGGAACAGAGCAUCAAAAUGGUUCUGAUGAAGCAAACAUUGGCACAUCAACAACAACAGCUGGCUAGUCAGCGCACCCAAGUCCAACGGCAACAGGCACUUGCAUUGAUGUGUCGCGUCUACGUCGGCAGUAUUUCGUUCGAGCUAAAGGAGGAUACGAUACGAGGUGCAUUCCUACCAUUCGGCCCAAUAAAAUCGAUAAAUAUGUCUUGGGAUCCAAUUACGCAAAAGCACAAGGGUUUCGCUUUUGUCGAAUAUGAAAUACCCGAGGGAGCUCAAUUGGCUCUCGAACAAAUGAACGGUGCCAUGAUGGGUGGCCGAAAUAUAAAAGUGGUAGGCAGACCUAGUAACAUGCCACAAGCGCAACAGGUAAUUGACGAAAUUCAGGAGGAGGCAAAGAACUAUAAUCGGAUUUUCAUUGCUUCGAUACAUCCAGACUUAACAGAAGAAGACAUUAAGAGUGUUUUCGAAGCGUUCGGACCGAUUUUGUUCUGUAAACUGUCGCAGGGAAAUUCGUUGCAUUCGCACAAAGGAUACGGUUUCAUUGAGUACGCAACUAAGAACGCCAUGGACGAAGCAAUAUCUAGCAUGAAUUUGUUCGAUUUGGGCGGACAACUGUUGAGAGUUGGACGAGCAAUCACACCGCCGAAUGCAUUGAUGGGGCCAGCGGCAAAUUCAUCAAUGCCAACAGCGGCAGCAGUCGCCGCUGCAGCAGCAACUGCAAAAAUUCAAGCGAUGGAUGCUGUUGCCAGCAAUGCGGUUCUUGGUCUGGAAAACAUCGUCAAAUCUCGGGAUAUCGACACAAGAACAUCGAUUGAAAAGACGCACAUCUCUCCGACUCGUUCGCCAAUUCAAAAUCAAAUCCAACAUCCGACUCAACCUGACCAUGCUGUAUCUCAACUGUCACCCGCACCAACCAUUGCACAAACCACACUUCAACCACCACAAGUCGUUACGGCAGUAUUAGGCAGUCAAGGCACCAUACAAGUCACAUCCGAACCGAUCACCUUGCCACCAAUCCUAACAACUGUAAAACCAACAAUAAUUCGACCGCCAUCACCUCCCCCACAAUUGACCGCUGCUGAAGUACUGCAAAAAGCACACGACAAACAGCAAGAGGAAUUGCAAAAGAAACUACUCGAAGACGUCGAACCGCAAACAUUGCAACAACAAGAGACCAUGUCCAUCAAAGGUCAAAAUGCCAGACAUUUGGUGAUGCAACGGCUGAUGCGUCGCCCGUUGGACAGCCGGGUCGUCAUUUUGCGUAAUAUGGUUGGACCGGAAGACGUGGACGAUUUGCUGAAGGAGGAAAUCCAGGACGAGUGCACCAAAUUCGGUGUGGUGGAACGAGUCAUCAUUUACAAUGAGAAACAAACUGACAAUGAGGAAGAUGACACUGCCGAUGUGAUUGUGAAAAUAUUUGUGGAAUUUUCAUUGGCAUCGGAAACGGAAAAGGCUAAGGAGGCAUUGAAUGGGCGAUACUUCGGCGGUCGUUUGGUACGGGCUGAGUUGUACGAUCAGGCGUUAUUCGAUCACGGUGACUUGUCCGGAUGAAUGGUCAAUUGAGUGAUUGCGUUAAUUAGUGACCGUAAGCGAAACCAAUGAUUCUGUACAAAAAAAAGCAAAGCAAAAAAACGUGUUGAUUAUUAAUAAAACCUACGACAAGCCGAUUUCUACCUAUUAAAC